UCAACGAGAAGAAAGAAACCGGAAGUGCAACUGUUCUUGCUGGUGACGUUAGCUAAAGCUACGUUGGUGUCAUCGUCUUCUCGGUGUGGAGGCUUGACAACAAACACAACAGUCUUAAUUUCGUGCCCAGCCACGAACAAAUAUUCUCAUUGGAGUCUCUGAAGAGAUGAACAACACCGGGAAUAAGAGAGCUCCAACGACAGCCACACAGCGACUUAAGCAGGAUUACCUCAGGAUAAAGAAAGACCCAGUGCCUUACAUCUGUGCAGAACCUCUCCCCUCCAACAUCUUAGAAUGGCACUAUGUAGUCAGAGGUCCUGAGAAAACUCCAUAUGAAGGAGGAUAUUAUCACGGAAAACUUGUAUUUCCUCGUGAAUUUCCUUUUAAGCCUCCAAGUAUUUAUAUGAUAACGCCAAACGGAAGGUUCAAGUGUAACACAAGGUUAUGUUUGUCCAUCACAGACUUCCAUCCUGAUACGUGGAACCCAGCGUGGUCUGUCAGCACAAUUCUGACGGGUUUGCUCAGUUUCAUGGUGGAAAAAGGACCAACACUCGGCAGCAUUGAGACGUCUGACUACACGAAAAGACAGCUCUCUGUCCAAAGCCUGGCUUUUAACCUCAAAGACAAAGUGUUCUGCGAGCUGUUUCCUGAUGUGGUAGAAGAGAUUAAGCAGAAACAGAAGGUCCAAGAAGAGUUAAGCGCCCGCACACAGCCUCUCCCCUUACCAGAUGUGGUGCCUGAUGGAGACCCGCAGCAAGCUCAUUACGGCCUCCCGGUCCUCAACGGAGGGCCGGUCCCCAUGGGGGACGCCAACCCCGCCCCUGGCCUGCAGCAGGGAAAUCGCAACCAUGGACUCUUAGGAGGAGCUUUAGCCAACCUGUUUGUGAUUGUAGGCUUCGCUGCGUUCGCUUAUACAGUCAAAUACGUUCUGAGGAGCAUAGCUCAGGAGUGAAAGGAGGCAUCCGCACUUCUCCAAAUGACUCCAAAUUUUACACAGUUGAUGCGUGGAGGAGAGACGCUCAGUUCUGAGUUCUAAUCGCUCCACUGCCACCAUGGACCUCACCAGAAACAAACUCAAAACCCCUUCCCACCUCCCACCCCCCACCCAGAACGACUGGACUGAGAGCAGGAACUGGGAAGUGGAUGGGGUUGGAGCAGUUUUUAUUAAAACGGUUGCAAUCCAC